AUGUGGCCCCCCAAGCAUCGUCACCUCUGUCUGGCCUUCCUAGCAGUUUGUGUUCUCUCAGCAAUCUUCUUGUUCCUCCUCAUCCAAGACCUCUUUCCAAGCGGCCUAGAUCUGUCUAUCCUGUGUCCACACCGCUGCCUGGGGACGUCCCCUGUGGCCAUCUUCUGCCUCUCGGGCACGCCAGUGACCACCAACACCUGCUGUUCCUGUCCCCAGCGCCCUGCUUCCCUCUCCGGAACCUGGACCAUCUAUUCAAAUGGCCGGCUCGGUAACCAGAUGGGGCAGUAUGCCACCCUGCUUGCCCUGGCUCAGCUCAAUGGCCGCCAGGCCUUCAUCCUGCCCGCCAUGCACGCUGCCCUGGCCCCCGUGUUCCGCAUCACUCUGCCCAUGCUGGCGCCAGAAGUGGAUAGCCAUACGCCUUGGCGAAAGCUGAAGCUCCACGACUGGAUGUCAGAGGAGUACGCCCACUUGAAGGACGCCCACUUGAAGCUCUUUGGCUUCCCUAACUCCUGGACUUUCUUCCACCACAUCCGCGAACAGAUCCACAGCGAGUUCACACUCCACGAGCACCUUCGGGAGGAGGCCCAGAACAUACUGAGGCCACUCCGCCUGGGCCACACCGAGAACCCUCCGCGCACCUUUGUGGGGGUCCAUGUGCGUCGUGGGGACUAUCUGCGGAUCAUGCCUCACUACUGGAAGGGCGUGGUAGGUGACCGUGCUUAUCUCCAGCAGGCCAUGGACUGGUUCCGGGCACGGUACGAGGCCCCCAUCUUUGUGGUCACCAGCAACGGCAUGGAGUGGUGCCAGAAGAACAUUGACACCUCCCGAGGGGAUGUGAUCUUUGCUGGCAAUGGGCAGGAGGGCUCGCCAGGGAGGGACUUUGCGCUGCUCACACAGUGCAACCACACCAUCAUGACCAUUGGCACCUUUGGCUUCUGGGCUGCCUACCUGGCUGGAGGAGACGCUGUCUACCUGGCCAACUUCACCCUGCCGGAUUCCAACUUCCUGAAGAUCUUUAAGCCAGAGGCUGCCUUCCUGCCUGAGUGGGUGGGCAUUGCCGCAGACCUGUCUCCCCUCCAGAAGGAGGCAGGGAGAUUUUUUGGAAUACUUUGA